AUGAUCAUGUUCUACACCCAAAUCAUAAUAAUUCUCAUUUGCCCUCUCCUCCUCCUAUUUGUGCCGUGGAAGUGGCCGCUGAUGAGGCUGCUCCCGACGGCGUACCUCAAGAGCCAGACUCUACGACAAACUAACGCAAGUCUUGGCCGAAAACAAGGGAACCAUCCUAUGCAAAACCUCGUGAGAGGAUCCGAGUUUAGAAAGGCGUUCGACUUCCUUGGGGAGGCCGUCUUCAUCAAGGACAUCAAGGAGUGGAAGCAAGACAAGAAACUAACGCAUGGAUUCUUCAAAGAGUCUCAUUUCCAAACCUCCAUGCCCAAGAUCAUCCAACACACCCUCGAGCAAGGCCUUGUCCCAGUCCUCCGCCAUGCGUCCGAGCAUAAUCAGGUCCUUGACCUGCAAGAGGUCUUCACCAGGUACAUGAUCGACGCGACGUGCUUGAUGGCCACCGGAUCCAACAUGGCCUCGGUCAGGGUAGGGUUCCCACACUGCCCCCUCAUGCAGGCGGCCAUGGACAACAUGGCCGACGCCGUCUUCUGGCGAAACGUCCUCCCCGAGAGGGCAUGGAAGCUGCAGAGCUUCCUCAACAUCAGGACCUAG